CUGGGAAGUGAUGUUCGGCAGCAUGGCGUCGGCCGACUGGGAGCGUAAGCGAAAGCAGCUGGAGACGGCGGGCGGCCGUGAGGAGAAGGAGGUGGCGGCGGCGGCGGCAGCAGACGAGGAGGAUGAGGAGGAGCGCUGGGUCGGGCCGCUGCCGGGGGAGGCCGCCCAGGCGAAGAAGAGGAGAGGUAACGGGGGGAGCGGUGGAGCCUUGGCCCGCCGGCCCCUUCUCUGGGGAGCGGCGCGGGAGGCGUCCGUCCGUCCGUGGCGCUGCCCCGGGCCGGCUCCGAAGCGGUGGGAUCGCCUCCGGGCCGCAGGCCCCGCCGGGAGGGCCGGGCACGCCGUGUUUCUUCUGCUCCUUCUCCCGGAGGAGGCCGGCCGGGAGGCCCCGCUUUGCGGCGCCCGCACGGCUGGAGCCGUGCCGCCCGCGGCGGCGGGGUCUCUGCGCCGGCAUCGCUGCCCCGGGCCGCGGGAGCAGGAGCAGGCUGCGGGCCGUGCUUUGACACACGGCCUUUACGCCUCCGGCACCUCGCGGCGCUCUGGGUGUCGUCGUAACGUAAACGUGAGUUUGAGGGCGUUCAACAGAUGCGGUUCCGUGACAGAUGGCACCGCGCGGGUGUUAACGGUUAGGAUGUAG